AUGGACAUAAAAUCUAACCUUAAUGCAUUAAUGGGGUCUAUUGCUCCGUUAGAUCUCCCUCCUACAGUUGUUCAAUCUCUGCAAGAUCGUUUACUUGCAUGUAUUGAUUCGCCCAGGGCAAACUCUUAUCAGUUACUUGAGCUAAUUGAGCAUUACAAGGAAAGAGCAGACCACAGUGUAUAUGACAGCUCAAGAUGGCAGAAAUUAGAGGCGUUGGCGCAAUUUUUUACGACUGCUCGUGGUAGGGAGGAGAUAUCAAGGUAUUUGACUUUUAUGAAAAUGAUGAUAGAUGAAACUCCGCAACGAAAAGAUACAAAGCAAAUAGACGCUUACUUGGACAAAACAGCUUUGAAUGAUCACGAUAAUAUAAUACCAUCUACUCGACCACCCAGUACUUACGCAGAAUCGUUUGAAAACAUCGACAAGUUUUCUGAUCGAAGAUCAAAUGUAUCGGGCACACAUGGAAGACACCCUUUGGAACUAUACAAUGCUUCAACUCUUUCAAGUCUAGCAGAUCCUUAUUACAGUAAUAUGGUGAGUACUGAGGAGAUUAUGAAAUCUAUCCCUUUCACUUUAGUUGCCACGACCUCAUCAUUAUUUGCCUUCAACAAUGAUACAAUUCAAAUUCCUUCGAACAUCACUAACGGUGAAAGUGGGGUGCUACAUUUACUAUUCGAAGCCGGACUUCUCUACCAAUCCCUGCAAAUGACGGUCGACAAACAAAAGCACACAACUACCUUGUCGCCAUUGAAAAUAUCCUUCUUGUCAUUUACCUCAGCAAAAUUGCAAAACUAUGUUAUAUUUUUAAACCGGAUCUCUCAUGAUAUCCAAAAAAGCACUAUAAGAUCAAUUUAUCGUGUAAUUUACCAUCAGAUCCUUGAAUUUCGUGUUUACUUUCGUCUGUUGAAACGCUUUGAUCAAACAAGAGGAGACGAGUACUUAUCACAAUUUAAUGCUUUACGCCAUCAUGGUGAUCCCCUAAUCUCAAGCAUUGGUAGUGAACUUUUUGAUGCACUUAUUACCCUUUAUCAUGAAUAUAUAAUCAAUUGGUUGUUGCACGGUCAAUUAGGUGAUCUUCACUCGGAAUUUUUCAUUGAGAACGUUACUGAACCUGAGCCACACAAUAUGAAUUUAAGACUUCUCCGUGACAGAAUACCGGAUUUCAUUCCCUUUUCCAUUGCCGGUGAUAUUUUUAUGAUAGGGAAGACUUAUCUUUUUCUGGAAAAAUACUGUGGAGAUAUACAAUGGGUUGAUGAUUUCAGUCGAAAAUAUGCUGCGAAAUACGACGGUACGCAUGUCAAACUUAUUGAGGACAUAUUUGACAUAAUUCACUCACAAUUCAUUGAGAUAAAGGAACACUGUAACGAAGUUUUACAAAAUAAGUUCUAUUUAUAUGACGUUUUGAAAGCAUUAAAAAAUAUGCUUCUGAUGGGAAGAAGUGAUUUCAUUGAAGUCAUGAUCCAGAACUCUGAAUCACUUUUACGACAGCCUUCGAACUCAUUGGCUAGUUACAGACUCACGAGAUGCUUACAAGAUUCUGUUAGGCAGUCAUCGUUGAGAUCAAUGAUCAACAGUGCCGACCAAAAUUAUGUCAUCAACGGGCUUGAUGCACGCGUGCUAGAAUUGGGUCAUGGUUCAACAGGAUGGGACGUGUUUACUCUGGAUUACGUACUUGAACCUCCCCUAUCACUUGUUCUGAAUGUCAAUCGCGAGAAUGGUAAAAAAGAGUAUCUGAGGGUAUUCAACUUUUUGUGGAGAAUCAAAAAAAAUAGCUAUUUCUUUCAAAAAGAAUGGCUUCGGCAGAAUUCACUGAUGCGCGAUUUCAAAAAAAUACGCCGUAAUAGGCCAUUGGUUAAGGAUAUUCUGAAUAAGAUGUCCAAAGUUAAUGUGAUACGAAAUCGGUUACAAAGUUUCAACGCCAAAAUUGAGGCAUUCUGCUUCCAAUCAAUAAUUCACAAGAAUUAUAAGAGCUUAUAUUCCACUCUUAUGUCACAAAAGGAUACGGGAAAGAAACAAAAAAUAAUAAAGUUGAAAAAUGGACUGAAUGUAGUUGAAGGGAUUUUGAAACCGAAUACUAAAAUGCUUGAAAAUUUCGGUAAAGCUAAAUCGAGUGACCGCGGUACAAACACUUUUACAAUUGAUAAUAUAGCGUCAAUUCAUAAUAGAUUCUUGCAGGAUAUCACCUGUCAUAGACUACUUGAUUCUAUAUCACUUGACAGAGGCGUUGGGAAAUUUACCAAGCAAUAUUACCCUACAAUGCUAAUCAUCCUCCUUGGGGACAUAAAUGACUUUAUUUCAAAAUACUCAGAGUUUAAUGACAAGGUACAUGAGAUGUUGAUCCAAUUGAGUCUCCAAACUGGUGACGAAAUCCAAGGGUACCUUUCUAACUUCAACAAACUUCUCAAUGAUAUUGUGAUGCAAUAUAAGGGAUUCCAAAACCAGAGUUACCUGUUCAUACGUGAUUUGAAGGCAGAUGGUAAUGAUGAACUAGAGUUAUUAAGCAGACUUUUCCGCUAG